UCACCGGGCACAACGUUGCAUCCCGCGGCAACUCUCACCGUCAGUCGAGAGUCGGACCUGGACCUGAUUGGAACCAACAAGAGUGGCUAGCAGGAUUCCUUGUUCAAUACAUUCUUCGUUAAGAACACGAUACUUUUACCAAAGAUGCUGAGGGAAACGAUUUUCGUUUUCGCGGCUCUGCUCGUGCUCGCCAGUACCACGGAAGUCACUAAGUGCGGCACUGGAGAAAAUUUCGAGGAUCCUAAUCAGGUUAAGAUAUCCGGCUGCGACGUACCACCGUGUAAAUUGAAACGCAGGACAAAGUAUUCGAUCGAGGAGAAGAUCGUGCCAGAUCGAGAUGUCGAGAACCUGGUGAACUCGGUGAACGCCGCUAUUCUGGGUGUACCGUUGCCCUUCGUCGGCGUCGAUGGGACCAGCGCAUGCAACAGCAUGUUCAACGUGGACGGAAGUCCGGCUGGGUGCCCUCUGAAGAAAGGAGUGGAAUACGUUUACAAGCAAGAGUUUCCUAUACUUCAAAUUUAUCCCACUGUCUCCAUGGUCAUACAUUACGAGCUGAUGGACGGAAAUCACUCGGUGGCAUGUUUCGAAGUUCCAGCGAAGAUCACCAACUGAGAGGAGCUGAUUCGUUAUUUUUUCUAAGAGAUUCGAACACCGUACCCCCUUUUGGAAGUCGCGAAUCUCGGCCUCUGGGUCCGAAACAAAGUGUAAAAUAAAGAUUGACGACGUGGAACAAAGAGCGUUCGUUUUGAGAAACGAAUCUCUUCCGCGAGGAGAGAGCGAUCUCUUUUUAAACAGUUCAAUUAAUGAACGAGCUUAAUCAGUAUCCGCUGUACACUGUAUCACGCGUAAUUAUAAUUAAUAAUAAAAAUGCUUUUAUAUGUUA